AUGGCUUCUCAAAAAAUUAAUUUUAUAAUUAUUGCUUUAUUUAGCAUUUUUGCUUUAAUUGUUUCUGAAGAAAAUAUUGAAAAUUGCCAAAAAUGCGCAGCAGAUGUUUGUGGCCAUCCUUGUAAUGUAAGCGAAAGUGCCUGUAACAAUUGCAAGACUAUAGAUUUGCCAAAAAGGUGUGGAUGUUGCUUCCCGGCUGUUGAUGAGACUUGUGAACAAUGCACACACCGAAUCUGUGAUUACCCAUGUAGUGUGGGUGAUUCUGAUUGUAACAAUUGUCACAGAAUUGAUGUCCCCAAACUUUGCAAAACUUGUCCUGCUGUUAAAGAAACAUGUGAAGAAUGUAAGACACGAAUUUGUGAUUAUCCAUGUAAAUCAAGUGAAUCAGCUUGUGAUAAUUGCUACAAAAUUGAUGUUCCUAAACAAUGUGAAUCUUGCCCAUCUUUCAACAGUACAUGUUCUGAUUGCGCAAAACGAGUAUGCGGCCAUCCAUGUUCAAUUAAUGAUGACCAGGCUUGUAAUAAUUGUAUAGAACUUGAUCUCCCCAAACUAUGCGGAGAUUGUUUCCCUGUCGGUCCGGAGAAUUUCUUAUAUUGCAUUACACGUGUUUGUACACCUCCUUGUCGAGCUAGCGUUGAUGCUUGUAAUAAUUGUAUCAAUAUUGAUAUUCCAAAGUUAUGUAAAUUAUGCCCCCUUGAAAUAUGA